UUUUCUCUAAAAUAAACCGUGGUGACUGGCAUUUGUGUGUCUGACAAUUCGGCGUUGUUUUAAAACUAUCAAUAAAUAAUAUCAAAUUUAAACUAAUAUCAAAUACAACAAUAAAAGAUGUUUCUUACACGUUCAGAAUAUGAUCGUGGUGUAAAUACAUUUUCACCAGAAGGUCGUUUAUUCCAAGUUGAAUAUGCUAUUGAAGCAAUUAAACUUGGUUCAACAGUUAUUGGUAUAUCAACAUCAGAAGGUGUUGUGUUAGCUGCUGAACGUCGUAUAACAUCACCACUUAUGGAACCAACAACAAUUGAAAAAAUUGUUGAAGUUGAUAAACAUAUUGGUUGUGCUGCAUCUGGUUUAAUGGCUGAUUCAAAAACAAUGAUUGAUCGUGCACGUGCUGAAUGUCAAAAUCAUUGGUUUAUUUAUAAUGAAAAAAUGACUGUUGAAUCAGUAUCACAAGCUGUAUCUAAUUUGGCAAUACAAUUUGGUGAUAGUGAUGAUGAUGGUAGUGCAAUGUCACGUCCAUUUGGUGUUGCAAUAUUAUUUGCUGGUAUUGAUGAAAAAGGACCACAAUUAUUUCACAUGGAUCCAUCUGGUACAUUUGUACAAUUUGAUGCUAAAGCUAUUGGAUCUGGAAGUGAAGGAGCUCAACAAUCACUUCAAGAAGUUUUUCACAGAUCAAUGACAUUGAAGGAAGCUAUCAAAGCAACGAUAACAAUUUUAAAACAAGUUAUGGAGGAAAAAUUAAAUGAAACAAAUGUUGAAGUUAUGACUAUGACACCAAAUGCCAUGUAUCAUAAAUUUACUGAAGAUGAAUUGAAGGAGGUGAUUAAGGAAAUUGCUUAAAUAUCUACAAUUAAUAAAAUAUUUUUUUUUUUUUUCUUUUUCUAAUGUUGUUAUACUGGGCGUUUAUUUAAUCAAUGAUGAUGAUGAUAUUAUUUUUCUUCAUUGUCAUGACAAUACGAGCAACAACAGAAAAGUAAUUAUAAAAAAAAAAAAAAUCUU